AUGACUGCAAGGGAAAAAAGAAAGAUCUUUCUCUGGUGUUCACAGGAGGAAAAGUCAGAUGCAAAGAAAGAUGAGGAGAAAAAGGAGGAGGAAAAGCCUGCUGAACCGGCUCCUGCUCCUGCUCCUGCUCCAGAGCCCCCUAAACCAGAGGCCAAAUCUGCAGAUCCAGCCAAUCCUGGAGCAGAAGCUGCAGAGGGUGAGGAAGGAGCACCUCCACCACCUACUCCACCCAUCGUCAUCAACAGAUACUCUGACGACCAGCUGCGAGAUGUUGUGAAGAAACUCCGCGAGAGGACGGAGCUUUAUAAGGAGAAAGUGAUUGACCCCUAUGCCUCGUCCCCAGAGCGCAGCCCACCCGUCACACCGGUUUAUCGAAAGGACGACUGGAACAGAAAGCAGGAAGCGGAGAGAAUACAGCGAGAAGAGGCUGAGCAGAAGAAAAAAGAGGAUGAUGCUAAGAGAGCUGCUGCGAAGAAAGAAAAAGAGGAGAAAGAAAAGAAGGAGAAAGAGGAAAAGCUGAAAGCUGAGAAGGAGCAGGCGGAUAAGGAGGAGGCCGAAGCUAUCUGCCCUAAAAUCAAAUGCACAUGCAUAGACACACUUCUCAAACCUUUCGAAGACAAGAUGGACUCAUAUUUGGGGACAACCAUUGACCCUUUCACAGAUCGGCGGUAUAUUAAAUGGCUUUGUGUCGUCACCAUCGCUUUCAACUAUAAUGUUUGGCUCGCCACGGCACGUUUGUGUUUCCCGUACCACACGCCUGAGUCAAUCCCCUUCUGGAUCUUUUUCGAUGUCCUGGCAGACCUGGUGAACAUCAUAGACAUCACCAUGUUUCAGACACGCUUACAGUUUGUGAAAGCAGGAGACAUCAUAAAAGACAGAAUAAUGACAAAACAGAACUACAGAGAAUCUACCAGAUAUCAGACAGACCUGAUAAGCAUCAUACCAUUCGACUUGCUGUGUUUCCACUUUGGGUUUAACUCAUUCUUUAGGAUGAACCGUUUUUUUCGGUAUCAAUCCUUUUUUGAGUUCAGCGAUCGUCUGGAAAGCAUCAUGACUAAGGCGUAUAUCUGGAGAGUUGGACGCACUACUGGAUAUCUGCUCUACUGCCUCCAUAUCAACGCCUGCCUUUACUAUGUAGCAUCCGAAUACGAGGGGCUGGGCAGCACGAAAUGGACAUAUAAUGGAAAAGGAAAUGCGUAUCUCCGCUGUUAUUAUUUUGCUACGCGUACGCUGAUCACUAUCGGAGGUCUUCCUGAGCCCCACACACUCUUCGAGAUCAUCUUCCAGCUGGUGAACUUCUUCACGGGAGUCUUCGUCUUCUCUAGCUUGAUUGGACAGAUGAGAGAUGUCAUUGGAGCGGCUACGGCGGGUCAGACCUACUUCCGCGCUUCCAUGGACUGCUGUGUGGCGUAUAUGAACACCUACACCAUUCCAAAACUGGUGCAGAACAGAGUACGCACCUGGUACAACUACACCUGGGAUUCCCAGGGCAUGCUGGAUGAGUCUGAGCUACUGGAACAGAUGCCUCUGGUGAUGAGAACAGCCAUCGCUGUGGAUAUCAACCUCGCCACCUUCCAGAAGAUCGACCUCUUCAAGGGCUGUGACAACCAGAUGCUUGUGGACAUGUUAUUACGUCUGAAAUCCAUUGUGUACCUGCCAGGAGACUUUGUGUGCAAGAAGGGUGACAUUGGGAGAGAAAUGUACAUUAUUAAGGCCGGAGCGGUGCAGGUCAUCGGUGGGCCGGACAAUAAGAUUGUGUUCGUGACAUUAAAAGCAGGCUGUGUGUUCGGGGAGAUCAGUCUCUUACAGUCAGCAAAAGAUGGAGGCAACAGAAGGACAGCAAAUGUAGCGGCUCAUGGAUUCGCUAACCUCUUCGUACUGGAUAAGAAAGAUCUCAAUGACAUCCUGGUCCACUAUCCCGAGUCUCAGAAGGUGCUGGCCAAGAAGGGACGGAAACUGAUGAAGGCCAAAGGUAAAACUGCUCCUGUAAAAGAUGAAGGAGAAAGGAAGAAAGGACUGGCUAUGUUCGGAGCAAAACCUCCCACUCCCAAAAUGUUACGUGCUUUUGGAGGCUUCGGGAAAGGAGGUUUUCUGGAGAAACUCAAGGCUCAAGCAGCAGCAGAAAAAAACGGAUAAGAAAUCCAUCCAUCCAUCCAUCCAUCCAUGAAUUGCAUCUAUCUAUCUAUCUAUCUAUCUAUCUA